AUGUCCAUGGGUUCAGUGUCCUUUGACAAAACCCAAGAUAGUCUAUUGUCCACACUGACAAAGUUUCUCAAAAGCUGUGAAAAGGAAGAUCGAAUAGGGAAGGGGAAAAAUAAGGCCUCAUGUAAAUUAACGGGAAUAAGUCGGAGAAAUCAAAAAGGCAAGAAGGGUAAGCAUGUUGAAGGGCAAAAACAUGGCUGGAGUUUUAAAGGAUUGACAUAUGCUUUCCAGAUUUGGGCGUACGAAUUAAUUCCUAGGUUGGCGGACCUGAAUUAUUGGAAGAUUGUUGAUCCAAUAGUUGUCCCGCUUAUUUUGCAAUGGAGAACUACGAUGUCUGUUCUCGAGUUCAGAUGA